AGUGAACGACGAUGCCGUAAAGCUAUGAGGAAAAGCUCAUUCUUGCUGGGGGUAGUAGCUAAUGGUUUGUUUCCUUUAAAAAAAAGUGGAACGUAAUUUUAAGUUCCAUUGUUUUGGACGGUAGUUGGACACUAAAGACAAAGCCAAGAAAGGCUUUUUAAAUAUCCGUAUUUGUUUUGAUUCGUGGCUCGGGGAAGGUUGGUGAGAGCCCAUCUCCCUCCCUCCUAAGCAUCUGAGCGCAGUUGAAAGAAGCAGUAGAAUGGCGGCCAUGGACCGAGAGAUGAUUCUUGCCGACUUUCAGGCAUGCACUGGAAUUGAAAAUAUUGAUGAAGCUAUUACGUUGCUCGAACAGAAUAAUUGGGAUUUAGUGGCGGCAAUUAAUGGAAUAAUUCCACAAGAGAAUGGUAUUUUACAGAAUGAGUUUAUUAGUGGUGAAACAUCACAGGAGCCAGUGUACGGUCCCAGCAGCCAACCUUCUUCCUCCUCCUCUUCCAAUUCUCCAGCUUUCUGCCCAAUAGUACCAUCUAGGCCAAUCGUAGAAAGACAACCAAGAAUGCUAAACUUCAGAGUGGAAUACCGUGACAGAAACGUGGAAGUGGUAGUUGAAGAUACCAACACAGUUGGUGCUAUCAAGCAAAUUUUAGAAAAUGAGCUACAAAUUCCUAUAUCUCAAAUGCAGUUGAAAGGUUGGAAGUCAGCUGAUGUAAGCGACAGUACUAUUCUGAGGUCUCUUCAUUUGCCUAAGAAUAAUAGCCUUUAUGUUCUCACACCUGACAUAGCUCAACCAGGAUCAGAUGGACCAGCAACAAGUCAGUCUAGUGCCCUACAGGAGUCAUUAAAUCAAAACUUCAUGUUGAUCAUUACGCAUCGAGAAGCCCAACGGGAUUAUAGCCUGAACUUUCCGGGCACCAGAACUGUACAAGAGGUAAAGCGUAACAUAUUUGAUCUCACAAACAUCCAUGUCCGUCACCAGAUUUGGGAAGGCUGGCCUGCCUCUGCUGAGGAUGACUCUGUUGCUUUGGCUGCUGCUGGGCUCAAUUAUCCAUGCCAUCGACUAACAGUUAGUAAAAGACCUUCACCUGCUCAAACCCGAGAACAUUCUGAAGAGUGCACUGAUGUUCACAUGGUCAGUGACAGUGAGGGAGAUGAUUUUGAAGAUGCUACUGAGUUUGGAGUUGACGAUGGUGAACUUUUUGGCAUGGUAUCUUCAGGAUCGAAGAAGUCUCCAAUGAUGCCCGAUGAUGCUGAAAAUGAGGGAGAUGCCUUGUUACAAUUUACUGCAGAGUUUUCUUCAAGAUACGGUGACUGUCACCCUGUAUUCUUCAUCGGAUCACUUGAAGCUGCCUUUCAAGAAGCAUUCUAUGGAAAAGCCAGAGAUAGAAAGCUGCUUGCCAUCUACCUCCAUCAUGACGACAGUGUUCUUACAAAUGUGUUCUGUUCCCAACUGCUGUGUGCUGAAUCUAUUGUCUCCUACCUCAGUCAAAAUUUUAUCACUUGGGCAUGGGACAUGACAAGGGAAUCUAACAGAGCAAGGUUUUUGAACAUGUGCACAAGACAUUUUGGCAGUGUUGUGGCACAAACCAUUCAAACGUACAAAACUGAUCAGUUUCCCCUGCUUCUUAUUAUAAUGGGGAAACGAUCAUCCAAUGAAGUUUUGAAUGUAAUUCAAGGUAAUACAACAGUAGAUGAUUUGAUGAUGCGGCUGAUGAAUGCCAUGGAGAUCUUCACAGCUCAACAACAAGAGGAUAUAAGGGAUGAGGAUGAACGUGAAGCAAGAGAAAGGGUGAAACGAGAACAGGAUGAGGCGUACAGAGUUUCUUUAGAAGCAGAUCGCGCUAAGAGAGAAGCACAGGAAAGAGAAAUAGCAGAGCAGGUGCGUCAAGAACAGAUUAGAAAAGAACAAGAAGAAGAACGUGAGGCUAUUCGAUUGUCCCUUGAGCAAUCAUUACCUCCAGAGCCAAGAGAGGAGAGCACUGAACUUGUCAGCAAACUACGCAUCAGAACACCGCGUGGGGAAUUCUUUGAACGGCGUUUCUUAGCAAGCAACAGGCUCCAAGUUGUCUUUGAUUUUGUGGCUUCCAAAGGUUUCCCAAGGGACGAAUACAAACUGCUGAGCACCUUCCCCAGAAGAGAUGUGUCUCAGUUUGAUCCUACUGAAACAUUAAUGGAGGUGAAACUCUAUCCUCAGGAAACACUCUUCCUGGAAGCAAAGGAAUGAAUUCAUCCAUGGGACUCUGACUUCCCAGAUAGUUGAUAAAAGCUCAGCUUAUGUCUAAAAGCUGCAAGAUCCUCCUUUGUUUUGUCCAGCCACAUGCCACAACUAUCUGCCUCUUCCAGAACCCCAAAAUCAACAUCAACAUCACCAUUGUAAAAUGCCUGUAUGCUGCCAACCUCACAAGAAUUGUAGAUGUUUACAAAGAUAUAUAGGAGGAUAGCAAUCUGUGAUGAACACUGAUUUACACCCUUCACACUAUUCUGGCCUAUGUUUAUUCAUCAAUGCACUAUUCAAAGGUGAAGUGAAUUAUAUUAGUUAGAAUUGGUUUCUUUGUACCCAUUCAACCACAAAACCUGUAUUACAAUUUGCCCAGUUUUUGGAGCAAGUGCUUUGAUUUAAAAUUCUGUAUUUGUUUUAAUUCAAUACAUACUUGAGACAUUGCUCAUAAAUGUGCAUAAUUCAAUGUCUGGAUUUCUACAUAAAGCCUAAUUUAUGAUUUCACAGUA